AUGUCAACUCAAAUUCUUUCUAAAACAAUCCAACUCGGAACCAAAAUUUUAAAUCAUGUUAAUAUUGAAAAUAAAUAUAAAGAGAUUUUAAAAUCAAACAGUAUUCACGCAAUUUCUGAACCAAAUUCCACCAACUCCCAAAUCGUUGAAAAUACUCCAACUCCAAAUGGGUUUAUUUCCGCUUUCUUGCAAGCUUAUAAUGAACAUCAGCAUUUAAAAAUUUCUCCGGAUGAUGUUUGGUUAACUAUUGCUCAAGGAGUCAGUCAUCAUAUUAAUUUUAAUUCAGAAAAAUAUCGUUAUAUGUUCGUUAAUCAUGAAGGUAAAAAAGACAUUUGCAUUAACGUUAUGGGUAUUUUAAGUCCAACCAGUAGUGGUAUUGUAGGAAAUUGGAACCAAGCAGUUGAGAUUUUAACAGAUGCAACUGAUAGACGUGUUAAAGAAGAAGUUGAAUUAAAACAAUUAUUAGAAUGUAAUUUUACGACUACAACUCCUACUACAAAAACUUCUAGUAAUAUCGUAUUAUUAGAUACUGUUAAAGCCUAUUUUAGUUAUAGUAUGACGCUUGCAUGUGGAAUUCCAAAGAUUACUUUAACUGGUACUUUAGAAGAUUGGAUGAAAAUUCAAGAAAAGUUAUUUCGAUUACGUAAAUUAAAUUUGGAUUUAGACUUUUGGUUAAACAAAUUAGAUCCAAUUAUUUGGCAAUUUGUUUCAACUUAUAAAGGUGAAAUAUAUGAAGAUUUUUGGAGUAAAGCUUUCACUUAUGAAAGUUAUGGCUCUGGUGGACAAAAAUCUUUAACUGGUUGGAUUGCUACAUUCUUUCCUUACAACCGUGCUGGCCGUCCUUUAGGAGGAAUUGUGAACUUAUAUGAUUUACCUUACGGUCGAGUUAGUGUACCUUUUGGAUUUGAUGGUUUAAAGUUACAACUUAUUACUGGUUUUAUAGGCUACAAACAAGAAACCGUUAGCAACAAUGAUGGUAAUAUAGAAGUUAUUGUUUCGCCUAAUUAG